GGAGUCGCCGUGUGUGCGGUGGUAGGCGGGACUCGGACACUCUUCGCAUCCCACUUUUGAGGAGAUUACGGGGACAAUUUAGUGUGAAACACAUGACAACACCGCUGUUUGGAGGGAAGGCGGACGGACGAAGAGGGACGGAUCCAGGCAGAGACAAACACCGAGCGGGGGCUAGAUCUGUGUGGAGAUAUUUGGAGUUUGAGGGGGGAUUCUGAUCACGCUACUUCUCUGAUCCCAACAUUAAAAUAACUUCACUCUCUUGGACCUUCACAAACAUUGACCCAGCCUCCUACAUUUACACACUUCAACAGGCUUGAUAACCAAGAAAUCAGAGCAAAUAUGAAUGAAGAUAAACCAGCAGAGGCUGUGGAAACGGCUCCUGCCGAGUCCAACGCCAUACCAAAUGGAAAAGGCCACGAAGCUGGGGAGGAGAUCACUGCAUCGGCGAAAACACCACCUGCAGAGGAUGGUGAAAAUCCACACAGAACUGAGAAUGCAGAGGCAAACCUCCCAGAGAGCCAGGAGUUCUUAUCAGGCGUGGAGGACAAGAAGACCCCACGUUUUACAGAUUUUGAAGGGAAAACCUCAUUUGGGAUGUCUGUCUUCAACCUGGGAAAUGCAAUCAUGGGAAGUGGAAUCCUAGGACUUGCCUAUGCCAUGGCCAACACAGGGGUCGUCCUGUUUCUGACACUUCUCACAGUGGUGGCAGUCCUCUCCUCAUAUUCCAUCCAUUUACUGCUAAAGUCAUCUGGUAUUGUAGGUAUUCGUGCCUAUGAGCAGCUUGGCUACAGGGCCUUUGGUACCCCGGGGAAGAUGGCGGCUGGUAUUGCCAUCACGCUGCAGAACAUUGGAGCUAUGUCCAGUUACCUGUAUAUAGUCAAGUAUGAGUUUCCCUUGGUCAUCCAGGCCUUUCUCAAGGUGGAUAAACCUGCAGGUGAAUGGUACAUGAACGGGAACUAUCUCGUGAUCAUAGUAUCUAUUGCAGUCAUAUUACCACUGGCUCUCAUGAAGCAGCUAGGAUACCUGGGGUACACUAGUGGCUUCUCCCUGAGCUGCAUGGUUUUCUUCCUCAUUUCAGUCAUCUACAAGAAGUUUAACAUCCCUUGUCCGUUCGUGGACUUUGCAUUCAAUAGCUCUACCAGCGUGCUCAAUGUCAGUGCGGCAGAUCCUGGAGGGGAGAUUGACCCUGCCUGUAUUCCCAAAAUGGCCAAUCUCAACUCACAAACGGCCUACACCAUCCCCAUCCUGGCGUUCGCCUUUGUGUGCCACCCCGAGGUCCUGCCCAUCUACACAGAGCUGCGCAAUCCCACCAAGAAAAAGAUGCAGCAUGUGGCCAACAUCUCCAUUGCAGUCAUGUACAGCAUGUACUUCCUGGCUGCACUUUUUGGAUACCUAACUUUCUAUGGUGAAGUGGAAGCAGAGCUGCUUCACACCUACAGCCGCAUCGACCCGUAUGACACUUUGAUUCUGUGCGUGCGUGUAGCUGUGCUCACUGCUGUCACACUCACUGUGCCCAUUGUGCUAUUCCCUGUACGGAGAGCAAUCCAGCAGAUGAUGUUUCCCAACAAGACCUUCAACUGGCCCCGCCACAUCGCCAUCGCUGCUGUUCUGCUCACAUUCAUCAACCUGCUGGUCAUCUUUGCCCCCAACAUCCUGGGCAUCUUUGGGAUCAUUGGUGCUACAUCUGCCCCCUGUCUCAUCUUCAUCUUCCCUGCAGUCUUCUACAUUCGUAUUGUACCCAAAGAAGAGGAGCCGCUGCGCUCUGUCCCCAAAAUCAUGGCUGCCUGUUUUGCUGGGAUCGGCGUCCUGUUUAUGAUAAUGAGUCUCAGCUUUAUCAUCAUCGACUGGACAUCAGGCACCAGCAAAGCCAGCAGUGGUCACUAGGCACCACCUUCCAUCCCUCCCUUGGUUUUAUAUUGUAGAUUUAGAUCUGUGUUGUUCUGUUGUUGUUUUUAUUCUGAAUAAUGUCUUAUGUUUGAGAUCCCUUUUAUUUCCAUUUGAGUAUAUUGGCCACAGUGUAGAGUUUUGGAUGUCUGUGCAAAAGCUUCUCCCUGCCAAAUAGAGACUGCAGAUCAGGGCCAGUAGACUUCUUUUGGAAAGCCAGUAGUUAAUUUUUAAAAAUAGGCCAGGCGCAUAAGUGAGUGAAGCUGAUAUUUAGAGGCUGUGCCUUGUGAGAUGGAUGGAUGUACACAAAACAGAAACAGAAAAGCCACAAUGUAGAAAACUGCUGUCUUUACAUGCCUGUCCCUGCAUUUGAACUCUUAAAUGCCAGAAAUUAAUUGAAUCAUUGAUAAUACCUUCUUACCUACCUAUUACUUUAUAUCAUAUCAUUAUUAAUACUUUAAGUUAUUUCAAUCACUUAUAUUGCCAUUCUGUGCAAAUGCAUUUGAAAAUUAUAGCACACGUUAUAGCAUGGAGAGAAAUGAAAGGAAAGGAAUAGUGCAACAUUGCUGGGAAACACGCUUCCUCACUACUCUGCAGAGAUUUGGAUGAGGAGGUUGACACCACUAUGGUAAAUCUGAAGCCCCAGCUAGCUGCUGGUUAACUUAGCUUGGCAAAAGACCAGAAAAAGUUGAACUAUUCCUUUAAGAUAUGCAGCCUUUAACUCCUAUUCCACUGAAAAGUGCUGCUGCUGCUACUGCUACUGCUGCUGCUGCUGUGGAGUCACACCUCACCUCUGAUGGAGCAAUAUUGCAAAACCGCAGACAGUAUGUGGUAUAGAGUUAUGAGCACAUUUUAAGUAACAUUCCUACACAAUAUAAACUAGAUGUAUAUUUUUAUUGUGAUUCACUACCUGAUUAAAAAGACCUCAGAAGAUGCAGUAAGGACUGAUGAAAUAAACCACACCAAGGUCUUUCUGAGGUGAUGGAUAUCAGAGAGGCAGAAACUUUAGAACUGGCCCCUAGAUGUUGAUAUGAAAACAAACAAACAAAGAGCGUAUAUUAUUCAGUGUUUUAUUCAGUAUUACUGUGAAAAUGACCGUGAUAAAUGGUACUCAAGACCUCAUCUGUUGGAUUGUACUGAUAAAAGUGAUCAAAGUAAUGAAAAAUUGAGAGUUACCACUCAGUGUUCUUAAUCAUCGAGCAGUGAUGAUUUUUACCUGAAAGUUUUGAUGUAUUGUUUCUGGACGUAAACAGAGAUAACCAAAACAUAUAUAUAUAUAUAUAUAUUAAAAAAAACAACAGGGUCACUUCAUGAAGUGGAUUAGAAAAAGUUAGAUGUCUGUAAGUAUGUCUGUGUCCAGCACAAGUUUGAGCCCUAACAGAAACAGCAGACAUGAGAUCACUGUCUUCUUUAACAAUCUUGAAAAGUUAGCGGUUAGCAAUAGCACUUUCCUUUGAUAAGCACAACUUCUUGUAGCUAUUAAUGAGUUAAAAUGCAAGCAAAUAAAUUGUGAGAAACUCACAUACUUUAUAGAUGUGAUUGAUGGGCAUGUCCCUUUUAUAUAACAAGAUCAUUGACAAAUGGAUCAGUCUAAAUGUAGAUUAUGAACAAUGUAUUGAUGGUAACAUAUGGAUGUCUCCUCAAACACUACUUGAAAUGAUGUCAGUUAGCUUUUCUGUGAGCCUCUCUGAUCAGUUAUUUCCUCCUCUGGUCCGUUCUGUAGAUAAAACUGCUAAUUAUUUUGAUUUACUGUUGGAGGUUUACAUAAUUGUCUGUGUUGGUUAACAAAAGAAGACAUGACUCCACUGUAUUUGAACUAUAGUACUUAUAUAUAUUUGUGUUGUUAAACCUGGACCUGUACUCUGAUUGGAGGUGUUAUUCAAGCAUUCAACUCCAACCAUUGAUGGAUUAACGGCUGUUUUAACGUAAUGUUUAAUGUUUUUUGCAGCAUAUCAGUUGAAUCUGAUUAAGAGAAGGAGGGCAGGUUGCAAAACCGGCAAUGACAUUAUAUUUUUGUUAUUCUUGUCCCUGAAAAUCAGUGGUAUGUCUUCAUUGGUGUAGUCGGGUCUUUUGACUCUCUUGCUGCUUCUUGGCAGACAGUAACCCACUAACUUGGAGUUGUUUGUUAGCUGGUGUAUUCGCCUAAAUUUCAUUAUUUUAAAAUGAUAAACUCUGUUACACCAGACUACAGUGAGUGCUGUAGUAUUGUCCUGUCAAGUUGUCACAAAACAAACCUCUUUUUAAACCACAUUGUUUUUCAUAACUGGAUGUUGGAUUGUUUAAUGUGUCUGUAUGCAGAGGGAAUAAUCUGAAUCAGCCACUGGGGCAUAACUUCGUGUUUGGUGUUGUUUAACCAAUGCAAGGGUUCUAUAUAUCCACAACUUCCUUUUCCAAGUUGAGUAUUUGAUUGUAUGUGUGAUGAAGCCUUUUGGUAAAAUAAAUGAGUGUCAUCAACUGUUUUAAUGGUGCAUGACAUGCAAAAAUUUAGAAAAUCUCACAAAAUACAAAAAAAUAUGAGGCAACUAAGUGAAGAGGUGUGAUGUAAGUGGCUGAAAGAAGAUGAUCUCUGAGGACCUCUAUUUGGAUCUUACUGUUGUUAGUCUCCCUCUUUGUGUGAUUUAUUGAAAUGUGUAUGAUUGAAUAGUAACAUAUUAAAUAUUGACAUUGGCCAGCAUUUAUAAAUAAUGUAUAUAAAUGUAUACCCUUUAUAUUCUAUAUGCAUAUCUAGUUUGUACAAUGUAAAUAGCAAUUAAAGUUUUAGUCCAAUUAAAAAUAUAAAUGUAAUCAUUUUCAAAGUGCUUUUAAACCUUCUGUCCUUCUAUUCAUGUCUAUUUUCUUGCAUCUCUAUAUAUUUUAAUAUGUUGCUGGCAGUUAUUGUACUGUAAACAAUGUUGCAAUAAAGAUAAUGAGGUAACAGAACUUUGGUCUCCCAUCAUCUAUCAGCUAUGAGAAAAUGAAUGAUUAGGAUUAUUACCCUCGCUAGUUGGCACCAGAAUUAAUAGUCCAUUAAACAAGUUAUUCAUGUUUUUGUUAUUGUAGGCCUGAAUGUUGUGUCUAAGCUGUAGCGCCUAAAAUCUGCCACUAGCUAGGGGUAUGGUACCAGUUUAUGACUUUAUAUUG